CCGAGCCCCGCUCGGCGGCGGCGCCGGGGCCCGGCGGGCCGGGGGUGGAAGAAAGAGAGAGGAGAGACAACCGCUGGUUCUUCCAAGCAAAACACAUCCGUAAGAGGUUGUUUCACCCCUGUCCUAAGGGAUCCGUGUUUGCGGGACGGCUUCCAUCUCAUUCAGCCCUUGCCCUUGCCCGACUCCAAGCCAGCAGGGGCAGUUUGGCAUCAGGAUGCAUGUGUGCAUGGGGCAGGAGCAAUUCACACCUCCUGCACAGCUACUCCGCCAGCAGCGUGCGCGUCGCAUCACGGAUGCUCCUCUUGAGCAGCAGCAUCCCCAUGGCGCUCUUCACAGGAACCGGCGGCCAUCUUAACGGCACCGACGCCGUUCCCUGUGGGGCAGGUAACACGACAGAGCCGGGCCUGCCGCGCUCACACGCCUACUACGCCCUCUGCUACUGCCUCCUGAUUUUGGCCAUCAUCUUCGGGAACGUGCUGGUCUGCCUGGCCGUGCUGAGGGAGCGCGCCCUGCAAACCACCACAAACUACCUUGUGGUAAGCCUGGCGGUGGCGGACUUGCUGGUGGCUACUUUGGUGAUGCCGUGGGUGGUGUACCUGGAGGUGACCGGGGGAGUCUGGACUUUCAGCCGCAUCUGUUGCGAUAUCUUCGUCACCAUGGAUGUCAUGAUGUGCACGGCCAGCAUUUUAAACCUCUGCGCUAUCAGCAUUGACAGGUACACCGCAGUGGUGAAACCAGUGCAGUACCAGUACAACACCGGGCAGAGCUCCUGCAGGAGGGUCUCUCUUAUGAUUGUGAUAGUAUGGAUGCUGGCAUUCGCAGUGUCGUGCCCUCUCCUCUUUGGCUUCAAUACUACAGGGGAUCCCAGUGUCUGUUCCAUAUCCAACCCUAUUUUCGUCAUCUACUCCUCUUUGGUGUCCUUCUACCUCCCCUUCAUGGUGACCCUGCUGCUCUAUGUCCGGAUUUACCUCGUGCUAAGACAAAGACAAAAGAAGCGAACCCUCACCCGGCAGGGCAGCCACAGCGCCAGCACCAAACCGUGCUGUACACACGAAGAACACAUCGAGAGGAAACCCUUGUCAGACAGAUGCCAGGGCACCUUUUCCCCUUGUCUCUCCUUCAAACGCUCAGGCCAGGAGAUAUCUACCAAAAGGAAAUUGCUGACAGUCUUCAGCCUCCAGCGGUACCGCAGCUUCUGCCAAGACGCAUCUCUCAGCAAGACACCAGGGACUACAGAGCACAACAGGCUGGAAGAGAGGAGAAAGAGUAGGAGUCCAGGGCUGGAGGUGCGGAGGCUAAGCAAUGGUAAAACCAUCAGCUCUCUGAAGCUAGCGCACCAGCAGCCCCGGCUGAUCCAGCUUCGGGAGAGGAAGGCUACACAGAUGCUAGCUAUCGUCCUGGGGGCGUUCAUAGUCUGCUGGCUGCCCUUCUUCUUGAUUCACAUCCUCAACGCUCACUGCCCGGCCUGCCGCGUGCCCCCGGGGCUGUACAGCGCCAGCACCUGGCUCGGCUACGUCAACAGCGCUCUCAACCCCAUCAUCUACACCACCUUCAACACCGACUUCCGCAGAGCCUUCCUCAAGAUCCUCUGCUGCUGACGGCGGGGCUGGUGCUGAGCCACGCUCGCCCCCUCUGCCUCCACCAGGCUGCAGGUUGCACCUGGGGCCUGGGCUGGGGACAUGGCGUGGGCCCUUCUCUCCUCCUGCUUUACGAUGGGAAGAGCAAGAGCCACCCCACCUGCAUGGC